AAGGAGAAGCAUGGCUUCUUCUUCGCCUUAUUUCUCCCUCUCCUUCUUGGGCCUUAUCUUAGCUUUGGCAUCUACUCAUUUAGAGUUCACAAAUGCAAACUUUUUACCUAUCCAUUGCUCCAGUAUUGGUGGGCUCAAUGUCAAGUGUUCCCCUCCACCUCCACCAAAACCAGACCCACCAAAGAAAGCUCCACCACCUCCACCUUAUCUUCCCCCUACCCCACCACCUAAGGCUCCUCCUCCAGUUGCGCCUCCGCCUAAAUUUACGCCCCCACCUAAAGCUCCUCCUCCAGUCGCGCCUCCGCCUAAAAUUACGCCCCCACCUAAGGCUCCUCCACCUUAUGCACCACCCCCUAAAUCCACACCUCCACCUAAGGCUCCUCCACCUUAUGCUCCACCCCCUAAAUCCACACCUCCACCUAAGGCUCCUCCACCUUAUGCACCACCCCCUAAAUCCACACCACCACCAAAAGCCCCACCACCUUUUGCUCCUCCUCCUAAAUUUACACCACCACCUAAGGCUCCACCACCUUUUGCACCUCCACCUAAAUUUACACCACCACCAAAGGCUCCUCCACCUUUUGCACCACCCCCCAAAUUCACACCUCCACCUAAGGGCCCACCACCUUUCUCCCCCCCCCCUAAAUGUUCUGUACCACCAAAGGCUCCACCACCAAAAUUCGCCCCACCACCUAAGGCUCCUCCUCCUAAGCCAAGAACUCCACCAUCCCGAGUUGGUGAUUCAAGGAAAGUUGCGCACAAUGGAGAGUGAUUUAGAAGCUCAAACAGUGAAUAAGUUCUACAGGGGAUCAUAGCCAGGGUGUGGGGCUUCCUCCAUGUACUAUUUUCUAUUUUGCUUUCAGUUUAGUACUUUAAGUCGGCCUUCCCUUUUUAUGUUUGUAUUUCGUAUUUAAUAAAUAUGUGCUUGUUUUAAGGAAA